AUGGCAGAUAGUACAAGGAAGAUUGAACAAGUCAGUACUAUAUCACAACCGGCAGUUAGCCAACCGUCAGAAAAUGCUUCCAAAAAUCGAAAAGCUCGCAGGUCUUCAUCUCAUGGAGGUGAUCGACCCGAUGAUGGAACGGAAAGACAGCAAAGGCGAUCAAGAGCCUCCGGAGAGAUUCUUGAAUUAUUGAUAUCGGAAUUUAACAAGUCCUCGAAUCCGUCCUCGGCCGUGCGAAAGAUAAUUGCGACUAAGACCGGGAUGACCGAGAGGUCUGUUCGGAUUUGGUUUCAAAAUAGACGUGCAAAGCAAAGAAAGUUGGAGAAGUUAAAGAAAGUAAAAGAAGAAGAACAACAAAAAGAGCUAGGGGAACGACUUGGUGGGCCAAGUUCAAUGUUACCUCUAGAAAUUAACGAGAAAUAUAGCCUUAUAGAUUGCAGAUCUCUUGCCGUGGGGCAAUGGCAACGAAUACGCUCUGGCUCAAUUAGCAAGAGUUCUCUUGUGGGGAUUCACAAUUUAUCUCCCCGCUUAUUGAAUAAAUCCAUGGACACAACCGAUCUCCUCGUUAUUCUUUCCAAAAAAGAUCAUGAACUGAACUACUUUUUCUCGGGUGUUUUUCAAAAUGAGAAGGUGCUGUUCAGAAUAUUCUUUCCAGUUGCAAACAUUGUCAGAACAUCGUUUAUUGACAAUCAGGCUCAGAAAUCCUCAGGUGAUUCCGAGAAGAAUAUGAACAUUUCUCCUCAUACUCAGUUACAAAUGGAACUUUCGGCUCCUCCUAAAUUUGCUGUUCAUUUCUUUCGAGAUCCGAGUACCGGACGGGAGAAUGCAAAUAAAUGGUCUAUUUGUGAGGACUUUAGCGAGGGUCAGCAAGUUGGAAGUGCACAUAUUGGUGAAAAUGGUACCGGCAUUCCGCAUGUUUUAGCUGGAAGUAUACCGCAUCUUCAAUAUCUAAAUACAGCCAUUUUAUCAUACUGCCAGUCUGCUUCUCGGCAGUCAUUCCCUGGUCCUUCUACUGAACCACAACUUUUCGAAGCUGCGCCAUUGUCAGCCGACCAGAUGCAAAUUGAUAAUGGCUCCAGCACAGCUGUUACACCAAUAUCCUUAGGAACAAUGAGUGUCCCUCCUACAGAAGGAAUAAUUGGUAUUAAUGGGGCCGCUGUAUCUGUUCCGAAUACUAUCAACAUGUCAGAUAUUGCUCAUGUGGGAUCGUAUCAACUGGACCCCUAUCAGACAGUCAAUAAUAUACAAAUGAAUGGAGACUCGGCGUCAGGUUUUUCUGGUAGUCCAUCUUUGCCUGGUAUGAACAAUGACUUGGAUCCUUUAUCUGGUGUCUCCACUGAGACACCUCAGGAUGUAUCUCAAUUGCCCUUAAACAGCAACGAUAUCGAUAAACAACUUGAUAAUAUUGGAAACAUCCAAAAGAUGGCCCCAACUUCUUUGGACAUUUUUCAAAGCGACUCGACUCAGCAAACUCCUGUUGAUAAUUUAUUGCUAGGAAAUGAAUCUCAGAUUUUGUCCACAAACUCCUCCGACGAUUUAAACGCGCCAGUCGACCCACAACACGCAAAUACUAAGCCAUUAUUUUUCCGGUGGAAACCAAAACAAAGAUUCGGAAAUAGGAUCUGCUGA